UUUAAUUACAAAUAUUUGUUUUCUAAUAAAUAUUUCCACACAAUUUAUAUUAAAGACAAACAAUUAAGUGAAAGAAACAUAGAAAGCUUAAAAACUUUAUUGAUGCAAAAAGCUGAUUUAUCAACAUCAUUCAUGAAAAUUUUAAUCAUUUUAAUAUUAUUUUUAAAUAUAAUUUUAUGCUUGGAUACACUCCCCAUUCAAGUUAAGAGCCUUGUGUAUAAUAUACCUGAGAAGAGCGCAAUAGUGUAUUAAGCGAGUGCGGACUCACUUUGGAGAUACAGCCAAUAUGAUAAAUAUGGAAAUAUAACCUCAACCUAUAUAAUUCAAGGAUUUUCUGAUUUGUCAACUCUUGGUAGAUCAUAUUAUUUUAUAUAAGAUGAUAAUUCACUUUACUUUUUUACUAGUAGUACCAGUUCAGAAUAUUAGAUUAUUGAUAUUAAAUUACUUACUACAAAUUAAAAUGGUUAUUUGACUAAAAAAUAGUUCUCGAAUAGUAAUUUUAGUUGCUCAGGCAAUAGGAUGGUUGUUAAAAAUGGUUAAUUCUUUUAUUAUAUUUGUAUAGGCGGCUUCUAUUCUUAAGGAGCAUCGUUAUAAGAAUUAUAAAGUACUUCAAAUACCAUAAAUUUAUAAGGAGAUACAAGAAUUAGAUAGGGUUACUUUAUGAUUGGAAAUUAAAUAUUAGUUUACAAAAAUUUUACUUUUACGCAGCUUCCGAUUGUCUAAUCAGUGGGUUAUAUUUUAUUAGAUUAAUAAUUUGAUUUAUUUUUGCAAGACUGUAAACUAUGCAAAGCCUCAAUGAAUGUACCAAAAUUUGAAUGCUCAAAAACUUAUGAUUUUGGAUAUUCUAGUGAUACUUAAGUUGUUAUUUCUAAAGUAUUUUAGUCUAAUGGUGCAAAUAUUAUUUUUGGGUAUGAUUCAAAUAAAUCUAAGUAUAUUUUUUUUGAUGCUAAUAAUUUAAAUUAAAUUGCUUAUCAAGGAGAUACUUUACAAAGUCCUCAAAGCUAAUUUGAUGUUAUACAAAACGAAAAUUAUGUUUACAUUAGGCAAUAUCUGUACACUGUAACAUAUGAUAGCACUUCAUAAAAAAUAAAUAUUGCAUAAAUUUCUUCUAAGUUACCUGUAUAUUCAUUAGUUAGUGGACCAUUUUAUAAUUCAAAUUUUUAUGCAGGAAGCGCUGUGUUUUUGCAAGAUUCUAAUUCGAAAAAAUAGAUUAUUAAUAUCAACAGUAUAUACUAAGUUUGUUAGAAAAAUUGUUUCUACUGUUAAUUUUAAACACCAGAUUUAUGUCAAUUGUGUAAUAGUGGAUUUAAUUAUAAUAAUAAUAAAUGCUCAAAAUCUUGUCCUAACACUGACUUUUAAGUUGACAUCAACGAAAAUUGCAUUUGUAAACCAAAUAUGGACUAAGUUGAUGCUAAUACUUGUGUUUGCAAGUAAGGAUAUAUUAGAGACAUAAAUAAUGUUUGCUAAAAAUGCCCAAAUAACUGUAGUACCUGUGAUUAGUAAUUAAAAUGUACUUAAUGUGCAGUAUCAUUUUACAUAUAAUUAGAUAAUUCUUGUGACAGUACAUGCCCUUCUUCUGCUAUAAAAGAUUCAUAAAAAAUGACAUGUAAAUGUGACCCAAACUCUAUUAUAGCUAAUAACCAAUGCUAAUGCAACAGUAAAUAUUAUUAGUAAGGUAAUUAAUGCUUGAAAUGCAUUUAAAACUGUGAUUCAUGUUAAAAUUCAUAAACGUGUAGCAAAUGUUCAUCAGGAUAUUUUGAUUUGGGAGAUGGAUAAUGUAAUAUUUGCCAAACAAACAAAGGAUAUUAUAUAAGUUAAGACAAAUGCAAUAAAUGCCCUAAUAAUUGUGAUUAAUGCUCAGAUUCUACUUCUUGCAAUCAAUGCUCUACUGGAUUUUACAAAUUUAAAGAUGGAUCUUGCAAUAUUUGUGAUACAUCUAAAGGGUUUUAUAUCAACCAAAGUAUGUGUAUUUAAUGUAUUGAGAAAUGUGAUUAAUGCUCAGAUUCUCUAAAAUGCAGUUAAUGCUCUCCAGGAUUUUAAUAAUUUCAGGAUGGGACAUGCAAUAUUUGUGAUACAAAAAAGGGAUAUUUUAUUUAACAAAAUAUUUGCAGUAAAUGUAUAGAUAAAUGUGAUUAAUGCUCUGAUUCUCUAACAUGCAAUUAAUGCUAAUCUGGAUUUUAUAAAUUCGAAGAUGGGACAUGCAAUAUUUGUGAUACAAAAAAUGGAUAUUUUAUUAAUAAAGAUAAAUGUCUUCCUUGCAUGGAAAACUGUCUAUAGUGUACUAAUUAAAGUAGCUGCGAUUUAUUUUCUAACUGCGGAUAAAGGUUUAAAUUUGAUAAAGUUUUAAAAAAAUGUGUACAGUGCUUAUGGGAUUUAUAAGAAUUAUAGUGUGUCAAUGAAUGUAAAAAUAAUUAAUUUUAUGAUUAAAAGCUGUAAAUAUGUAGCUAGUGCUACUAUAAUGAAGGAAAUUGUUUAUAAAAAUGCCCUUCUGGUUACUAUAAUAAUUAAAAUAAUCAAUGUCUCCCUUGCUAACCUGAAUGUAAAUAGUGUACAGGACCUAAGAAAAAUUAAUGUAAAUAAUGCAAUCAACCAUAUAUGUUAUAAGAAAAUAAUACUUGCUAAUUGUGUUAAAUUGGGACUUUUUUUGAUAAAACUUCUAACUAAUGCAUUUAAUGUUAUCAUAAAUGUUUAAGUUGCUUUGGAGAUUAACAAGACAAUUGUUCCGAGUGUUUAAGUGGUUAUGUUCUGUCAAAAAAUACAAAUGAGUGCUUAACAGAGUCUUAACUGUAAAACUAAAAUAAUGAAAUAUAAAAGUUAGAAUAUUCGUCUUGUAGCUAGAUUGGAAUUGAUUGCUCUUCGCUUUUUUAAUUUUGCGAACUUAUUUCCAAGAUUUUUUUAGCAAUGUUUAUAACAACAAUUAUUUUAAUAGCUUUUACAUUUAUUUCGAACUAAGAAACUUUCUUAAGUUGGUACUUUGUGUAAAUUUUUCAGCUAAUAGGCAAUAUUUCUUUAGAUAAAAACAUGAAUAUUUUUUGGAUGGAUAUUGGGUUUCUGAAGAACUAUAGCGUAUAUAAUAUUUUUAACCUGAUAGCAUAGAACUAUUUUUAAGAUGAAUAAUUAAUUUUAAAAGAUUUCAACUAAUUCAGCAUAGGAUUAAAAGUUUAGAGUUUGUACAAGAAUAUGAUUUAGAAUUCCUUUUAUCAGGUAGUUGCUUUGUUAUUAAUUUUAUUUUUAAUGAUAUUUUGCUGGUUUAUGAAAGCCUAGUCAGGUAUUUUAUUCAGAUUAAAUUAAUAUUUGACUCUGAAUGGAUUAGUUAGAUAUUUCAUGGUAUCAUCAAAUUUAAUGUUUAUGUACAGUAUUUAGAUUAUAAAGUAGAAGAACUUUUUGGAAUCUGGCAACAUUUACAUUAUUAGUAUUUAUUGUUUAAUAUAUAUCAUCCUUUAAGUGUUCUGCUUCUAUAUUAUCACAUUCUAAAUGUCAAGUAGCAUGUCUGAUAAAAUUAAUGUACUUUAGCUCAAUAUUAAUUAAAACAACUGUUCUUCUAGGAUUUUUUGGAGCAUAUUUGAAAUUAGAAAAAUAAUUUUUUUAGUUUUCCUGAUUGGAUUUAAUGAUUUUCAGUAUAUUGGAUUUACUAUGUCUUCCUUUUGUUUCUUAUUUCUUAUUUAUAUCAUUGCUUCAAAACCUUUAACAAGUAAAAAGCAUUGGUUUGCAAUUAUUUUCACAGAAUUAAGUUUUAUUAUUCUUUUAAUCAUUUAAAACUUAAUAUCAAGCAGAGAUGUACUUAGUAUUAACUAAAAAUUUGUAUUAUAUCUUUCCCUAAGCUUUAUGAUUUUAACCUUUGGAAUAAAUAUAUAUUUCAUUCUACUUUUUUUAUGGAAUAUAUAUAUUUUUUUUAAAGUCUGCUUAGUCAAAAAAAAUAACUAGAGCAUCUAAACACAAAAUAAGCUGUUAGUACUUUAAUAAUUCACUUUACCUAAUUCCUAGAAAGAUAUAGAAAUGGUUCUGGCUGAUAUUUCUCUUAAAUCUUCUUAUUCACAAUAAAAAUAUGCUAAAAAAGGAAUUUUAAAAUUAAGAAAUUUUAAAAUAAUUUGA